CGGCAUUUCUCAGCGACCAACAAUAAAUGCCACAAUAUUGACGAAGUUUGGAACACCACGAACACAAGCAGAGUGAUACAAAUAGUAAAGUGUCCCAGUGCUGAUGGUGUGAGCUGUUAGCAGAUAUGGCUGGUGUGGAGGAUGUUCCAUUGUGCCGACCAGUUCAGCAGUUGAGCUCGUUGGAGGAGUUCAGCCCUGAUACCAAUGGGGUGGCACCAUAUGCUUUAGAGGAAGAACUUGAACCCAAGGAGGAUCCGGUUCCAGAGAGAGCUCAACCCAUUCAAAUUGUGCUAGCUAGUGAGGAUGAUCAUAAGUUUGAAUUGGAUGCUGUUGCGCUGGAAAAAAUCCUGAUGCAGGAACAUGUGAGGGAUCUUAAUGUGGUUGUGCUGUCUGUGGCCGGUGCCUUCCGCAAAGGCAAGUCCUUCCUACUGGACUUCAUGCUACGUUACAUGCACAAUCGGUCGUCUGAGUCAUGGAUGGGAGGAGAUGAUGAGCCACUGACUGGUUUCUACUGGAGAGGAGGCUGUGAGAGAGAGACCACAGGCAUCCAGGCUUGGAGUGAGGUGUUUGUUGUGGAAAAGGAAGAUGGAACUAAGGUGGCUGUGUUGUUAGUGGACACUCAGGGAGCCUUUGACAGUCAGUCAACCAUCAAAGACUGUGCCACUGUUUUUGCACUAAGCACGAUGACCAGCUCUGUGCAGGUUUAUAACCUUUCCCAAAAUAUCCAAGAAGAUGAUUUACAGCAUCUCCAGCUUUUCACAGAAUAUGGUCGACUUGCAAUGGAGGAGAUCCACGAAAAACCAUUUCAGAAACUACUGUUUUUGAUCAGAGACUGGUGUUACCCUUACGAGCAUAAGUAUGGACUUGAGGGAGGGAAUCGCUUUUUGGAGAGGAGACUACAGGUGAAGCAGAAUCAACACGAGGAGUUGCAGAAUGUUAGGAAGCACAUCCACGCUUGUUUCUGUAGUUUAGGCUGCUUUCUUCUGCCACAUCCAGGUCUGAAGGUGGCCAUCAACCCUCAUUUUGAUGGCAGACUGAGAGACAUUGAUGAUGAGUUUAAGAAGGAGCUGCAAAAUCUUGUGCCCUUACUGCUGGCACCAGAAAACCUGGUAGUGAAGGAGAUAAAUGGAGCCAAAGUUACAUGCAGAGACCUGCUGGAGUACUUCAAGGCAUACAUCAAAAUCUAUCAAGGUGAGGAGCUUCCGCAUCCUAAAUCCAUGCUACAGGCAACUGCUGAAGCAAAUAACCUGACAGCUGUUGCUGGAGCAAAAGAUACCUAUAACAGAACCAUGGAGCAGAUAUGUGGAGGAGACAAACCGUACGUUGCCCCUGUUGACCUCCAGCGCUAUCACGACGAGUUUAAGAAGACCUCCGUUCGACAGUUUUGUGCAGUGAAGAAAAUGGGUGGUCUCGAGUUCAGUCAGCGCUACCAGCAGCAGUUAGAGACAGAGCUGGAUGAAGUAUACACCAAUUUUGUGAAAAACAAUGAAAGCAAGAACAUUUUCUAUGCAGCAAGAACCCCAGCCACACUGUUUGCAGUCAUGUUCGUUACCUACAUGGUCUCCACAAUAACAGGCCUCAUUGGCUUAUCGGCGAUCGCAGCUCUGGCCAAUCUUGUGAUGGGGGUGUCGCUGCUCACAUUGUGUGCCUGGGCGUAUGCCAGAUACUCGGGAGAGUAUCGAGAAGUGGGUGUGGCUAUAGACCUCACAGCUGAGGCACUGUGGGAACAGGUGCUGAAGCCACUUACUGAGCAGUACAUGGAAGAAAAUGUCCGACAGACUGUUGUAAACUCUAUAAGAGCCACUUUAACAGAUCAGGUGAAACAAACUGCAAAGUUGAAGACCAACUGACAGUUUGCUGUGCCUUUUUGUGCCCGGUGUUUGAACAAUCAAUGGUUUUACCUUGUGUAGUUUUUAUUUGUGAUGUUUGGUCAUUUAGGCUGGAGAAUCUAACCAAAGUUUGCAGCAGGAUUUACACUGAAAAAUUAUAGACUGACACGAUAACAGCAAGGAACAUCAUUACAUAUGCAUUUAAAUUUUUGAUUCAGGUUUAAGUUAUCAGGUAUACAUGCAGGUUUGGAUUUUUCUUGGGUUGAAGGAUUAUUUUGGCAGGCAAACAUAAUAUCACAGUAUCAAUCUGAAAGUCAAUUUGUACACUAGAUCUUUAAUACCUUAAUCUCUUAAUGGUUCAAUUACUGCUUUCAAAGUAUACAAUCCAUAGCCUUUAAUUCCAUAUUGGGAUUUGCCUUCUACCAUAGUUACCACAAUCGUUUUUUGCAGGAUUUCUUGUGCCAUACUUUUAGAGCUAUUUUGGAAUGCUGAACUUGUAAAUCCAUCCAAAACUGCCCUUAACGUGCCUCAUUCUGUACAGUUUUGUUUUAGACUGUAUCAUAGCCUCAUGCAUGUAAAUUAGUGUAAGGGGGUGGGGGGGGGGGUAUGAGUAUGAAUGUGAUGUUGAAUUUGCCUUUAUCAUUUGCUGUACUUAUCCAAGUUCAGAGCACCUUUCAUUGUACACAGCUUUGUGACGCAUGGGAGUGCUCAUGAUAUCAUGAUUUGUCUUUUAAGGCCCUGUAAUUUAUUUUUUAAAUGAUUAAAAUAUUUACAUUUUU